UUUUUCCACCUUUUGCUUUCUCUUCCCUCCCAUUCUUCUCUCUCUCUCUCCUUUCUUUUCUUUUUCUUCCCUCCCUGGAUCUCUGACCUAAUUGUCUGAUCAUCAAUCACCACCACUACCACCACCACCACCUUCUUUCUUUCUUUCUCAAUCUAGUUGGGUUUUAUAUCAGUCUUAGUAUAUCUCAUCUUGUUCCAUAUAGAUCUAUAUGUUUAUACAUACAUACAAAUAGUACUAGCUAGUGGUCAUCAUCAAAUCUGCAAGGAGGACCAUUUGUAGCAAAGUUGUGUGUGUAAGCUCUCUUUCUUUCUAUCCUUUGUAGAUAAAGAGAAGUGGAAGUGGGAGAUCAAGAAAGAGGCAGAUAAUAGCUAGGAGAGGAAAAUUGAGAAGAUGACUCCAGCUAAUUUGUCAGCACAGUUUGGAGACACCACUUACACCAAAGUGUUUGUUGGAGGAUUGGCUUGGGAGACCCAGAAGGAGACCAUGAAGAAAUACUUUGAACAGUUUGGUGAGAUCUUGGAGGCUGUUGUCAUCACUGAUAAGACCACUGGAAGAUCCAAAGGCUAUGGCUUUGUAACUUUUCGCGAACCUGAAGCAGCAAUGAGAGCUUGUGUUGAUGCUGCUCCCGUGAUUGAUGGGAGGAGGGCCAAUUGUAAUCUUGCUUCUUUGGGUGUUCAAAGAUCUAAACCAUCUACCCCAAAACAUGGUAAUGGAGGAGGAGGUGGAGGAGGAGGGAGGAACUUUAGGGUAAUGAGCUCUUUUCAGACAGGAGGAUAUGGAAAUGGAGUGGGAACAGCUUUUCCUUCAGCAGCAGCAGCAACUGCAGCAACCUUCCCUCAUUAUGCCAUUCAACAAGGGAUACCUUCUUAUAAUGUUUAUGGGUACUCUCCAUACUCACCGGAUUACACCUAUCCUACGAGUUACUACGGGGUGUAUGGAGGGGCUGCCUCUCAGUAUCCCAUUUACGGCGCUGGUGCUGGUGGGAUGAUGACAGGUGCAGCGGCAGCAGCUGCAGCGGCGGCAGCUGCCUUCUACCCAUAUCUGAAUUUCGGAGAAGGGACUAAUGGAACAGGUGGAGGAGGAGGAGGAGCUGCCACCAACUACACGACAGCGGCAGCUGGGCAAGGGUAUGGUGUGCAGUACCCACACCACCUCUUUCAGUACUCAGCAGCAGCAGCAGCCAUGAACUCAACUGGUGGCGCCUACGGUCCACAUCACUAUGCUGCUCCUGUUUCUCUUGCACCCACUCCUCCUUUGCAAUCAGUUUGUUUUGCUGUGCCACAGGCGUGACGAUGGCUCUCCAUGCACCAAUGCCUCAUCGUUGAGAGAUUAAUUGGAUUUUGAACUCACCUACUCCAGUCUGAGUACUCCUUGAUCAUCAGAAGGAUCUGAAAAACCUUUGGCCUAACCAUGGUUCUCUUUUUUCAUCUCUCUUUCUUUCUCUCUCUCUCUCAUGGAGCUGGAGGUCCAUGCUUCACAUUUGGGCAUGCAUUAUUACCACACAUAAAAGCUCCCCAUAGGGGCUAAAUGUUUGGAAACAAUGCUUUUUUAUAUCUUCCCUAUUGCUUUUGCUUCUCUUGGAAGGAAAGGUUCCAACAAGAGAACCAAAUUAAGCAAGUGCAUGUGCAUGUUGUUGUUACCAACUUCAAGAGCUAAGUUGGUCACAUACUUCUCUCUAACUUUGGCCUUGGAAAGGCCAAGCAAACACACAGUUCAAAAGGCUAGCCCUGGAAAGGCUAAGUAAGCACUUAAAUGGCUCACUGGAAAGAAAAAAAAAAUGUAAGUAAAUUCAAGAAUACAAAUGGCAAUCAAGUCUUUAAACUUCACAAAAUGUUGAUCUUGAAAUGGCUUAUCCCUCCAACUUUAGAUGUAGUAUAUAUAUCAUGGGCAUGGGGAUGCCCAAACUCUUUUUUCUUUUCUUUUUUUCUCUUUUUACAUCAAGUUCAACCCUAGUCUUAGGAUUUUUGAAAUUGUGACUGGUCAUGUCUAUUUUAAAAGCUUUACCAACUUCACUUUUUCAACUCUCUCUCUCUCUCACAUAAUAUGUGUCUAACUAACCAACCAACCAACAAACCAAUCAAACCAUCUUUCCUUGGGGUAAGGGGAGGUAAUCUUACUGACAGUAGUGUAGGUGUAUUUUUGUUUGUAAAUUCAUUGUGGCUAAACUUUGGGAAGUUAUAGCCCUAGCUGCUACUUCACUAAGUUUAAAUAGGAGGAGGGUAGUCUUAGUUUCUUGCAUUUAGCUUUUUACCAACCUUUUUUUUUAAAGAGCUCUAUUAAUGGCUAUAGAGCUCCAAUGCAUAUAAGGAGUUGUAACCCAAGGGAGAUAUUUUGGGACACUCUUGGUUUCAUCUCCUCUUAACUCUUCAUCAACCAUGGUUAGGACUCAGGUGAUCAUCAUCCUCAUCCUCAUCUCUCUCUCUUUCUCUCUCUCUCUCAAACUUUUACUUGGAGAUGGAACUUCAUACUCUUUACUAUUAUGUAUAAGCCUAUAUAUGGUAUGGAUUGUAACUAAGAAUGCUGCUUAGAAGAAGAUUCAUUCUCCAUCCAGGUCGAUUGAGAAUGGAUAUUUGUUGUUCCUAUUUUGCUUAAGUAACUCCCUAGAGACUGCUUUGCUUAUAUUUCUUUCUCA